AUGGUGCUUAACCUUGUUCAGCUUGAAGAAAGUCUCGUUUUUCAAACAGGCCAAGAUGUUAUGGCGGGCAACGGUGUAGUAUUGUUUGGAAUGAGCCCUGGAAAUCCAUAUUUUAAAUCUCAUGUUAUUGAGGACUAUGUGCAAUACUUGGGGAAGGAAGAAAGACGAAUCAUUGUGGUUGUACCACAGCAGCCAGCUGAACAUACGUACAGGGCUCUGGGGAGUAAAGAUGCUGUGAAACGAGCCAAGAAAAACUCUAGUCAGCUCAAGUCGCACUGCAGAAGAGCUAUUGAUAAGGUAUGUACAGAAAACAUUAUAAUACUGUCACUGAUUAAUUCUUGAUACUUUAAGAAAGCUUGAAAAAGUACGGUUAAAUAUCCACCACAACAUUUGUGUCUUUCUUUAUUUUUUUAUUCUUUAAAACUGACGCGCACUCGCUGUCUUUCACAAGCUGGAUACAAGCUAAAAUUUGCAGUUAUUAAUUGUUUUUUCAUGCCCCUCUCCUCGCUGUAGGGGUGACGUUUUUCAGUGAAAACCGGACUUGCACUAUUGUUGACAUUCACCAAUUGUGCGCUUGCGUGAGUGACGUCACAGAUGUGCUUUUUCUCACUUGAAAACCGUAAUAACUAAUGAGGCUAAUGCACAGUUCCGCUUUCGCAAUUUUGGUCAAUCUUGUGUCUAUAUGUACGUACAUGUCGACAGAAUGUUGUGUGCUUUUAUGUAGAGACGCGCUAAAUUUCACAGAGAACAGACAGAAAUCUAACGGAGUAUUUCUCGGAAAAAGUGAUGGGUUUUAGGGGGGGCGGUGAAUAGUAAAUGAUAUUUUAAAAUUGGCCCUAAACACAACUUUUAUUGACUUUCAGUAUUAAAACAAUAAAUUAAUAAAUAACGAUAACAAAAGUAAAGGAAACAUAAGGUUUCUAACCAGCUCGUAAUAAAUUAAACGCAAGGAAGCUUGGAUAUAAAACAAAUUAGAAACUGACGAUUCCGCCGCAUGUCUGCAGGGGUAUAAAAGAGUUUUAUUAUUUACAAAACUGAUCUCUCCCUAAGUUAGUUAAGGGGUGUGGGGUUAGGAGCUAAACUAUUAUUGCAACUUUUUUCUCGCUUCGAAGAUGAACGUGUCGACCUGCGGCCGGCACGAAGCAUCUCCGCCGCACGCAAGGAAAAGAAGCGCUCUGUACUCACGGUUAGAGAAAUAAUAAUUUUACGGCUUUUCAUCAUUCAGUAUGGAUUAAAUCAUUAUUUUCUACCGCUGUACAGGUGUCCAAGACUGAUGAUGUUGCCGGAGAGUUUUAUAUGUUGGACUGGACUUCAGAAGUAGACAAACAUGAAGCUUACAUUGCAGCCUUAGACUAUAUCAUCAGUUUUUACAAAAGUAACUCUUACUUUCGCCAGGACGUCGCACGAUCGACCGCAAAAGUGUUAGGAAAAGAUUCUACAUCCUCUGAGAGUGAAUCAGGUAAGCAAGUGAAGGAGGAUAUCAGUGUUUUAAAAGUCGAAUUAUCUAAACUUUUUCGGUUUCUACUUCUUGAGUUGUCUUAUCACUUCGCGGUCAAUGGAUUUUGAAACACGGAAAUCUAAUGUAAUCUAAUCUACGGUUUAAAACCCGUUGCGAAUGGUUGUCGCGGCUUCGACGCACAAUUUUCCAGGAUUCAGGACUAAAAAAAUAAAAAAGUUGAGCCAACCGGUGUACAAACUAUGUUAAGAGCAUGAAAAGUGGUGGACAUUCCCGCCACAUGAGUAGAUCUCCGUAAUUUAAGCAUUUUUGUUUUUGUGCAUCUGUUUUUUUCCGUUUUUGUCCAGCCAUAAAAUCUUGUCAUUUCUUGCUAUCGUUCGGUUGUCUGCCCAGUUUACUCGAUUUCUAUGCAUGACCCCAAAAAACGGGGGAGGGGAGAGGCGGAGAUAAACUCAGUACAUGUACCAAGAUUUUGCCUUUCGUUGCAUAACGCUUUAAAUACCCUCCCGGUGGGGUAUGCAACAAAGUUUUAUACGGGGAGGCUCCAGACCCUUACCCUUGUAUAUACUAUUUCUGACAAAAAAGGUACCCCUUUUGUAUACCUUUUAUUGACAAAUGCUACCCCUUUCACAUACCUAGUAUAACACCUUUGCAUCCCUUUUAAUUACCGUAAAUGAACUGUAUUUACUAUAUAAAUACAGUUGAACCUCUCCUCAAUGGCCUGGUCGUUGUAGACAGAUGAAAGUUGUGAAGAGGUGGCCGUUAGUGGAGGUUGGACUGUAAAUUACAAAUCUAGAAUGUUUUCUCGACUUUUUUUACAGCCAUAAAAUGUGACUGUUAGCCCUUUUGGAGCUUUUUACAAACUGAAAUGACAGAUUCCCUAUCCUUUUAUAUACUUCAACUUCCGAAUUCCAUACCCUUUUAUACAGCAAUGAUAUAUCUGAAGCCGGAAAAAGGUACCUCUUUCGGGCGGAGCCUCCCCGUAUAGGCCAUUAUAGGGAGUACCAACCCCCACUCCCCACCCCCACAGUAUACUCUUCAAUGAAGACUGACCAAGUCCUAUUUUUAAACUUUAGAAUCCUCAGAUUCUGAGCUUGAAGACAACGAAAGUGUGCAAGAAGGAGUUUACUACCUCCUGAAAGAACUAGCCUUCAUUAUCUCCAGCAAAGAGAUGUUCAGAACCGAAAGUGUGGCAGUUAUUUAUCAUCGCAGCUGGCCUGUCUAUGAGAAAUUUGUAAACGGAGAUUAUGAUGGAAAGCCAAAAGAAGGAUUGGGACUUGCAAUCAUCAACUAUGAUCUAGUGUAA